AUCACAACACAAAAGCCUCUCACAUGGAAGCGAUGCCAGCAAUGCCCCUCUUUGGCCUACCGUCAUCAUCAUCAUCAACAUCAACAUCAACAGUAACUCGCCACAAUGGAGGGUUUCACGAGUCUGUUUGGUGCGGUGGUGUUUCUUGUUUUGGCCUGUCGUGUCCAGAGCCAGUGGGCACCCAGUUAUACGCAACAACAACCCUGGGCUCAGCAGCUACCCAAGAAUCCCGUGCCCACCGUCACGCCACCGCCCUCUGACAAAUGCCGAGUGGAGGACGGCGCCAAGAUCCGCUGCGGACGCACAGAUGUUACCCCGGAGCAGUGUCAGAACAUAGAUUGUUGCUAUGACGGGCUCACCUGUUACUAUGGGAAAGCAGUGACAGUGCAGUGUACCAGAGACGGGCAGUUCGUGGUUGUCGUGGCGAGGGAUGCCACGUUGCCGCGCAUCGACGUGGAGUCUGUGAGUCUCCUGGAGUCGAGUCAUGAGUCCUGCAGCCCGGCCGGCGUCACAGCAGAGUUCACCAUUUUCCAGUUUACAGUGAUGCAAUGUGGGACUAGAGCAGUAGAGGAAGAUGGCUACAUUGUUUAUGAAAACCACAUGUCCUCAGCGUAUGAGGUGGGAAUAGGACCCAAAGGAUCAAUCACCAGAGACAGCCAUUUUGAACUGCUGUUUCAGUGCCGGUACUCUGGCUCUGCGGCCCAGGCUGUUGUCAUGGAGGUAAAUGAUGUCCCCGCUCCCCUCCCUGUCGCCGCCGCGGGGCCUCUCCGGGUGGAGCUCAGACUGGGGAAUGGGCAAUGUCACACAAAGGGAUGUGUCGAGGAGGUGGCAGCGUACAGCUCCUACUACUCUGCAGCAGACUAUCCCAUCACCAAAGCCCUGAGAGAUCCGGUCUAUGUGGAGGUGCGGAUCUUGGAGCGGUCUGACCCCAAUGUGGUCCUGACCCUGGACCACUGCUGGGCCACGUCUGCCCCUGCCCCACACAGCAUGCCUCAGUGGGACCUCCUGCUGAAUGGUUGCCCAUACUCUGAGGACCAUUAUCUGACCAAACUGGUGCCAACUGAAGCCUAUUCUGGCCUUGAUUAUCCAACACAUUACAAACGAUUCAUUGUACAGAUGUUCACGUUUGUGGAUCAAAGCACGUACGCUCCAUACCAGGACACGGUGUACAUCCACUGUUCUACAUCAGUGUGCUACCCCAGCAGCCUGGACUCCUGUCAAUCACAGUGCCACCGGCAAAGGAGAAGCACUGCAGCCAAUGUUUCCUCCAACCAGAGAACAUUGGUGUCGAGUGGGAAAGUGAUCCUGAUCUCCGACCCCAGCCGCAGAGAAACCACUUCAACACACAUGUCUAGAUCUAAAUUUAAGGGCUGACGAUCCACUGACGCAUAUUUUUAAUAAUAAUAAAGCUUGUUAUAAGCUCGUGCUGUACUUGAUCCAUGGAUUCAUAAAGUGAAGGUCAAAAUCGACUGACUUUUAAAACGCUGAGGCAGUGAGCUUUACCAGUAAUGUAACCUGGUCUUGUGCACUGCGGCGAUCUCACAAGGUUGAAUUACGAGUCGAUAUCUUGCAGUGAUGGAAGUUG